CAAGGAGCAGAGACUGAAGGAUAGCGAGCAACGGAGACAGAGGCAGGAAGAGAUGGCAACGGCAUCAAUGCAGUCACCAAGCUUUCUCUAUAAAUACAAAAGGAAUCCCCAAUUCCACAAAAUCUGCAAACUUCCGCGCAUCGUCCUUUCACAAUCUGACGAUAAGCCCCACCACCGAAUUCCUCGAAGGGAGAUAAUAUUGAGGAGCAGCGAAUUGGCUGUUGUAGGAGCCAUCUUCAGUUUCAGUGGGAAAAAGCCAGAAUAUCUAGGAGUGCAGAAAAAUCCGCCAUCUCUCUCGCUUUGUCCUGCAACUAACAAUUGUAUAUCGACCUCCGAGAAUGUCAGUGAUACCACCCACUACGCUCCUCCAUGGAAUUACAAUGGUGGGCGUAAUAGGAAAAUGCCGGUGACACGAGAAGUGGCAAUGGAAGAGCUUCUUCAAGUGAUAAAAGCAACGAAGCCAGACAAAUAUACACCCAAAAUUGUGGAGAAGAAAGACGAUUACGUGCGCGUUGAAUAUCAAAGUCCCAUAUUAGGGUUCGUGGAUGAUGUGGAGUUCUGGUUUCCACCGGGUAGGAAUUCAACCGUGGAGUACCGGUCGGCUUCAAGGAUCGGGAGCUUUGAUUUUGACGUCAACCGGAAAAGAAUCAAGGCAUUGAGAAGGGAGUUGGAAAAGAAAGGAUGGGCUUCAGCAGAAACGUUUUAGAGUGCUUGCUUUGCUCCAAUUAUUUUUCUAAAUGUAGUAUCUAAAGAUUUAAUAAUAGAAUUUCAACAUUU